AAAAACUCGAAUGCUCGUAAUAUUACGCCUAACCAACUGGGCCCAACAAGAAGCUCAUCGCCGUAGAAUAUACUGAGGCCGACAAAGAACGAUGUCAUAUUUUGAGAAGAUCUAUAGAUGUUUUAGAGGCCCGAAAUUAUAUCGCAGACACAGAGAUGAAGACAGACCCAAAUAUGAAGACAAACAUGCCAAAGUCUACACACCAAAUAUGUUGGAAGCCACUGGUAACAAGUUCAUCAGUGUGUUGAGAUUCUGCUUCUCGUUUUCCUACUGGACAUCCCCAGUGGUACUGUCCCUGUUGUACAGAAGAGGUUACUUCUCUCUGGAUGGUAUGGUCAGUCUGGGAAAGCUGGGCUUUUCAUUAAGUGUCAUCUACUUGGUAGCCUGGUUGUUGAGAGGAAAAGGCCGGUGGGACAACUGGGAUUAUAUCAUGUUUCUGGAUAUCCUGAUGAAGGCACAGAAAUCAGAUGAAUACCGGAGGCAGCUGUCAAAAUUUGAUUUUGAAUUUUGGGCUUGGCCAAUUGACUACAGUGUUGGAGCAUCAACAAGGAACAAAGACACUGCAGGGAGAUCACAGCCACCAGCCACUGGGUCCAUCACACAGGUUCCACUGUCUGCACUGAGUUACAUGUGUGCCCACACCUUUGGUCGUCGUAUGAUGUACCCCGGCUCGACAGCUCUCAUCAACACUCUCCUAGAAAACAUGCUGAUCCAGGAAAGAGGAAGGCUGGUGGACGAGUGUAAAGGUAGGAGAUGUAAGGUUGAGACGGAGGACAAGAAUGAGAUAGACACCAUGUUUAUAGACCGCAGACCACAGGGACAGACAAUGGUACAGAAGGGACAUACACUGGUGAUAACAUGUGAAGGGAAUUCAGGGUUCUACGAGAUCGGCUGUACUAAGACACCACUUGAUGCUGGCUACUCCGUCCUCGGCUGGAACCAUCCGGGCUUUGCUGGCAGUUCUGGCUCCCCUACUCCUGAGCAAGACCAAUGUGCUAUGGACGCCGUCAUGCAGUAUGCCAUUAACAAGUUAAACUUCCCCCCUGAAAACAUCUGGCUGUUUGCCUGGUCCAUCGGUGGCUAUCCAGCCUCCUGGGCAGCCAAGACCUAUCCUACCAUCAAAUGUGUGACACUGGAUGCCACAUUUGAUCAUGUUGAGCCGUUAGCUAUUGCCAGGAUGCCUCAGUUUGCCAGAGGACUGGUUUCCCAUACUAUAAAAACCUACCUGAAUCUGAAUAAUCUAGAACAGAUUAAAGAGUUUCCAGGUCCAGUUCAGUUUAUUAGAAGAACGCAGGACGAAAUGAUUACAACCCGUCCACUAAACAUAGGGGAGACGCCUAUGAUGUCACUGCCCAGUAACAGAGGAAAUGACUUAUUGAUAGGAUUUCUAAAGCAUAGGUACCCAAAUAUUGUAGAUGAAACAACCGUACGAACCCUGGAAAGGUGGUUAGCAGAAAAGACUGAGGGACAAUAUGUACUGUAUACUGAACAUGGUGUGAAUGACAAGGAAUGCACUCUCAAACUUAAACAUCACAUGGACUUUGUCUCCAAUACAUUCCCGUCUGAUAUCGGAGCCGACUAUUCAGACGACUAUAAAAAGAAAAUGACAUUAUACCUAGCAAGCAAGCAUCUGAAGAACUUCGAUACAACCCACUGUACACCACUUCCUCACGAUAGAUUUGAAGAGCCCUGGCGAGCAGGAACACACGACGCCCAGACACGGUGACCUCGUCACCUCUAGGCACUCCAUCCACAAGGAAAAGCUGACUUUGAAAUGUGUUUAAUUGUGUAAAAUACAUGUGGUAGUUAAGUGGUAUAUUACCACGUAGAUUUUCUCAAUUGAUAUUUCUUAUGUGAUUCCUUUUACCUGGAAGGAUAUUAUAAUUGUACUUUUAAUACCUUUUUACAGAGUACCCACUUACUUGUUUUGAUUAAAUCUUGUUUUAUCAAAUACAAUUCUAAAUAUUUCAUUAGUGUAGGUGUAACGCAUGCAUCACUUUAUCACAAUUUACAUUAACUGCUUGUUUCCUUCUAUUUUUCUGAGUGGUCCCUGAAAAGAUACUGCUGAAGAAAAAUCUGCUGUCAUUUUCAUUGAUUUAGUUAUUUAUUUAUAAUUCACAUAAAAAGGAAAUGUACGUUAAAAAGUAUGUUGUAUGUUUGUGUGGUUGAUAAGACAUCAUCAGAUGUAUUGGUUCGUGUAAUAAAUCAUUAGUCCUACACUGCUGUUUUGAUGAAUGAAGGUGUGAAACCAGGUAAAUCUGUUAAGUUUCUUGAAACAAUAGAAUGCCAACGGGCAUCCUCAACUUUUUUGGAAUGUAUGUUUUUACCACAAUGCUGUAUAUGUAUAUGUGCCGGUCGACGAGAGGAUGGAUAGGUAGUGUGCCGGUUGAUGAGAGCAACAUACUAAGAUGUUUCCGAGAUGACAAUGCUCUAUUAUUGUGUUCACAUACAAUUAUAUUAGAUUCCGUAUGUUUAAAAUACCCUCUCAUGUUUAAGUGGUGAUAUUUUCAUAACAAAAAAGACUUCCUCAGAAUUGAGUGAUUUCCACGUCUGCAAACGUAGAUCCCAGUACAAUGAGAUUUGUAUAUCUGCAAACAUGAGAACUAGGAACAAUGGGAUUUGUAUAUCUGCAAACAUGAGAACUAGGAACAAUGGGAUUUCUAUGUCUGCAAACAUGAGAACUAGGAACAAUGGGAUUUCUAUGUCUGCAAAUGUGAGCUCCAUGAACAAUGGGAUUUCCCUGUCUGCAAACACGAGAUCCAGAAACAAAGGAUUUUGUUGUUUGAUUUGUUAUAUUACUGUGUAUCAAUAGGUAUAGGCCCUGGUUAAUAUUCACUUACAACCCACUUGAUGUUUGAUUCUGGAUCAUUGUUGAUUGGAGAUUAAAUUUCUUCUAGAUAUUAUCGUGUUUUGUUUGUUUCCCGAUUACCUCCCUUCCCUGCUGGAACUCCUCAGGGAAUCUCCUGUUGUAUAUUUCUGCAAAAAUACCCGGUGAGUUCAGGAUGCUCCCUCUCCAUGAAAAACUGGGUACAUUUUGUCAAAAGUCUGACUAACUUUGUACUACCUUGAACUUUGAAUAGAUUAACAUCCAAUCAAGGCUGUCUCUACCCAUGUUUAACAUUGUAAUUUUCAUCGAUGAUUAACUGCUAUUUGCACUUAAAAAUGUAAUGUUAAGAUUUCUAUUUUAAAUUGGAGUUGAGUUCAGGGCCCGUUUCAUCAAUGUUCUUUAUCUUGAAAAAAAAACAAAUUAAAAUUUUCCAUAGGAAAGCAUUUUUGUAACAGAAUUCAGGCAAAAAAUCUUAAUCAAGGAACCAUGAUGGAACUGGACACAGUUAUGUAUUGUUAUUAAACAUCUAAGCAUGGACAUACAAACCAACAUACUCUAUCAAAGGUCAAGGUCACCAAUAUAUUAGUUCCCUACUGGUGAAACCAGGGGGACUAGGUUUUCUCUCCGUCCGUCUUGUACUACGUAACGCCAAAGCUUUUCAGCACUUUAGUAGCUUCAUUUCUUGAGGAAUUUUAUCAAAUUUCUCACAAUGGUAAAGGACCAUAAUAUACUGGACAAGUUUAACUUUCCAGGUGUUUUUGGGUCAAGGUCAAUGUUAUUAUUUGUAGCUGUGACAGUAAGGGACAUGUAUUGCUUUAAUUAAUACCCCAGUAUACAUGUUUACAGGGACCAUCAUCUGGGGCUGUUGUAUUUAUACUGCUACUUUGUGAUACUGGUAAUAAUGGACCAUAUAACUAUACAAGCCUGUCUUUAACAGUAACCCAAGGGGCCAAUAAAGGCCGAAAUAAACAGGUGCUUGUUAUAUAGAGGUGGCCUUAAAGGCAGGAUUACCUGUUGUUGUUCCAAUCAUUUUUGCUGGUGACAUGUUCAAUUAUACUAAUAGACAUUAUAUAUUACUGUUGUUAUAUAUUGGCACUUCCUAGAUCAAACUUACAUUUAUACAGUGUUUUUGUGAGUAGUUGCUUUAGAAGUUAUUUAUUUUUCAACAAUCAUGUAACAAGUUUUAAAAUUGAAUUAUACUGGUAUUCAUGAAUCCUGUUGAUAUACCACUCCACGUCUUUCUUAGUGAGAGACGAGUAUGCUAUGCCAUCCCACUUGUGUCUUAGUGAGAGACGAGUAUUCUACAGGGUUAGCACGGGCCUUGAGAAAGCCUUGAACUUCACCUUGGGUCUUGAAAAGCCUUGAAUUUCAUUCUAGGCCUUGAAAAGCCUUGAAAAUUGGUUUACAGCCUUGAAAAAUCCUUGAAUAUUAAGGUUUCAUUAGGAUAAGUGAAACCCUGGCCACUGAUCAAUUGGAUUCAACUUUAUCUAUGCCGCCUCACUUACAGACAUUAAUAAUUACCAUGUCAUGUUGUAUUUUGAUCAAGUGGAUAAUUAUAAGUUGCUUUUAUGUUUUUAAGACAUUGAAAAAGCCUUGAAAUGGCCUUGAAUUUGGUUUGACUUAAUCCGUAUGAACCCUGUUCUUCUAUACCAUCCAACUUCUAGCUUAGUGAAUGAGACGAGUAUGCAGUCGGUAUGUAGAAGAGAAACAUUGAGAAUACAUUUCUAGGCUUGUUGCUUGAGUUAUGUACAUAAUAGAAUCUAAAUGAGUGUCCACGUAAUAUCGUACUUAAUUUAAUCUGGUUCACUAAAAUCAAUAUUACAUAGAACACUCGGAUUUUUUUCAUACAUAGAACACUUGGAUCCUCUCUAUACAUGCACAACUGCUUUACCACAAUAUCAGCAAAAUUUGUUCAUGACUAAAUAAAACUUUAUUACCUGUAUGGAAAAAUCAUAAUUAAUUGAAAAAUAAACAUGAUUCACUUGAA